AGAUGAAAGGGGACAGCCAUGAAUGAGCCACCAGACAAUUUCGCAAAUGCUUCUGACUUCCCCAAUGAUGCAGUGCCAUUCGGAAAUUGCACCGAUGAAAAAAUCCCGCUCAAGAGGCACUACCUCCCUGUUAUUUAUAGCAUCAUCUUCCUGGUGGGCUUUCCAGGGAAUGCAGUGGCAAUUUCCACUUACAUCUUCAGAAUGCGGCCCUGGAAAGGCAGCACCGUCAUCCUGCUGAACCUGGCCUGUACAGACCUGCUCUAUUUGAGCAGCUUCCCUUUCCUGAUUCACUACUACGCCAGCGGUGAGAACUGGGUCUUCCGCUUCCGCUUCCAUUUCAACCUGUACAGCAGCAUCCUCUUCCUUACCUGCUUUGGUGUCUUCCGGUAUCUUGUAAUCCUUCACCCGCUGAGCUGCUUUUCCGUUCACAGAACGUGAUGGGCCGUGGUGGUCUGCGCCGUGGUGUGGAUCAUUUCCCUGGUGGCCGUCAUUCCCAUGACCUUCCUGAUCACCUCAACCACCGGGACCAACGGCUCCACCUGCCUUGACCUCACCAGCUCAGACGACCUCCCCACCAUCAAGUGGUACAAUCUAAUUUUGACGGUCACGACUUUCUGCCUUCCCCUGGUCAUAGUGACACUUUGCUAUACGAUGAUUAUCUACCCCCUCACGCAAGGACCUCACAAUCACAGCUGCCUGAAGCAGAAAGCUAGGAGGCUAGCCAUUCUGCUACUCCUUGUGUUUUAUGUAUGUUUCUUACCCUUCCACAUCUUGAGGAUCAUCCGGAUUGAAUCUCGCCUGCUUUCGAUCAGCUGCUCUGCCGAGAACCAGAUCCAUGAAGCUUACAUUGUUUCUAGACCCUUGGCUGCCCUGAACACCUUUGGUAACCUGCUACUGUACGUGGUGGUCAGUGACAACUUUCAGCAGGCCAUCUGCUUGAUGGUGAGAUGUGACGCCAGCGGGGAUCUGGAGCAAGCGAAAACCAGUUACUCAAACAACCCUUGACGUACUUCAUGUAGUCAAUCAAGAAGAAGAGCCUGCUGAGACUUGAACUUCUAAGAAGUCCAGAAUAGCUCCUUCAAUGGCUCUCUGUAAAUAUUAUAUAUUCAGGUAAUUCUGUGUUAAAGCCAGCACAGAUCUACCAGGA